CGAGCAGGAGGUGAGUCGGCUGGUGGGAGAUGUUGCGGACUGUGGAGGUGAGAUGGCUGGAGCAGGGCAAUGGCUGGACCAGGGCAGUGGUUGGGGGAGAUGUUGCGGUAGGAGCAGGGCUGCAGGGGGCUGCAUGCGACGAUGGCGGGGAGCAGAAGCAACGAUGGCGACUGGCGAUGGCGCUGCUUGCGGCGAUUGCGAGCUGCUUGCGCCAGGAGCGGGGAGAAGAAGCGACGAUGGCGACUGGCGAUGGCGACUGGCGAUGGCGCGCUGCUUGCGGCGACAACCUGCUUGCGGCGGCGACCUGCUUGCAGCGACAGGACGGAAGCGCUGGGGGCCUGGGGCGAUGGUUGACGGCGGCAGGGUGGCGCCACUCUCCCUCUGUUGUCUGUUCUACUUCUAGGUCGAAGAUGGAGAAAUAAAAGGAAAGUUAGGGUUUUGUUUGGCUGCCCAAUUCCACGAUUCCUUUUCUAUUUUUUUUAAUAACCAAAUGGUCGAACC